ACACACACACACACGUGAUGUGUCCGUGUUUUUCCCAAGCAGGUCCUUCAUUUUUUCUUGGCCAUUUACAAGAUGUGUUCUAAUGGAGUCUCAGGUGUAUUUUUGACUUUUGCGUUGCUUUUGCCUUUUCUUGGCGUUCACUCAAUAAAUCCUCUGUUUCCAACCGCAUCCAGAGGCAUGAAAGUGUCUAAAACUGUUCCUGCCGAUGGCCACAGAAGAGCCAAAUACAGCAAAGGUACAUUGUCAGCAUCACAGUUAUCAGGAGACGUCCAGUCACAGCGGGCGAUCAAGGAUGCAGUUGAACCUCAUGAUUACAUGAUCUCCAUCUACAAGACCUUUUCCGCGGCUGAGAAACUGGGAAUCAACGCGAGCUUUUUCCGCUGGUCAAAAGCAGCAAACACCAUAACGAGUUUUGUGGACGAGGGUCAAGAUGACCUUUUGAACUCCCCACUGUGGAGGCAGAAAUACUUAUUCGAUGUAUCGACUCUUUCUGAAAACGUGGAGCUCUUGGGUGCUGAACUGAGGAUAUACACAAAGAUCUCCGGAAGCUUCCGAGCGUCUGAGACGGGCCCGGUGGAGAUACAGCUGCUCUCCUGCCAGUCGCACACGGUCCUUGAUUCCAAAACCUUGGAUCUGGAGGACGCGCAUAAACCGAAAUGGGAGGUUUUUGACGUAUGGGAGGUUUUUAAGGAACGUCGGCGCCACUACCAUGGUACGCGCUUCUGUCUGGAGCUCAAGGCGACGCUAGAUAAUCCUGAGAGGGAAGCCGACUUGCAAUAUCUUGGAUUUCACAGACAUGGCCGUCCGCAACUAAAGAAAGCCAUAUUGGUUGUUUUCACGAGGUCUAAAAAGAGACAAAGCCUUUUCUAUGAAAAAAGGGAGAAGAUAAAGCUGUGGGGUUUGGAUAGUCUCGGGAAGGAGAAAGGACCGCACUCGAAGCCCCGACGGAGAAGACGGACCACUUUACCCAACCGUCAUGGCAAGAGGCAUGGCAAAAAGUCUAAAUCUAGGUGCAGCAAAAAGCCUUUGCAUGUGAAUUUCACGGAGCUGGGUUGGGACGACUGGAUCAUCGCUCCAUUAGACUAUGAGGCCUAUCACUGUGAGGGAAUGUGUGACUUCCCUCUCCGAUCUCACCUGGAGCCCACCAAUCAUGCCAUUAUACAAACUCUCAUGAACUCCAUGAACCCCAGCAACAUGCCGCCCAGCUGUUGCGUCCCGUCCAAACUCAGUCCCAUCAGCAUCCUGUACAUCGACGCAGGAAAUAACGUGGUAUACAAGCAGUAUGAGGACAUGGUGGUGGAGUCCUGCGGCUGCAGGUGAUUGUGAAGUUCAAAUUAAAGAGGACGUUUCAAUAAAUAUGUCUUCACAACACUGCUGGAAUCCUCAGCUGAAAUGCUAUGCUGUAAUAUGAUUUUUGGACUGGAAUCAAGCACAGAAAUAUUCUUACAUCACUCUUAGUUCCAUUUCACUGGACAGUUUUAUACUUAAAUUGUUUGUGUGUACAAGAAAACUUCACUCCUACAACAUGUUCCUGCUUUAAAUAACUGUAUUUUAUGGACUGAUAUGUAAAAAAUAAUAAUAAUAAUUGUAAAGGUACAAAUGUUAAUUUAUGUUCAGUUACACUAAGUUAUUUUCUCUUUAAGUGCCAUCAUUUAUUCAGUAAUAAUAUUUCACACAUAUAAAUAAGCCAUUUUAGGUAUUGUAUCUAUCUACCUCAUUGUACAAACUAUGUUAUUGUGUAAAUAUCUUCCUCAUCUCAUGAAAGGUUUUGUAGAUAUUUUAUAAAAAAGUAUGAACCACAUUAUUCCUUCAAUAAAAUACCAUAAAAUUAAAUAUUUCUUCUUGAACAUUGCCUUUUUGUUAUUGUUUGCAUUCGCUGGAUAAGUAUUGAACUGAAUUACUAUCAGUUGCAUAAUAGAGAACAGUAAUGAUUGUUUUUAAAAUUUGAAUGUUUAUUAAAUGAA